UUUUGUUCCUGAUAGCCCCCACUUUUUGUCAGGCUAGAUUGCUGCCAGAAAAGCCCGGAAGUCUUUUAAAACUGCGCUAGGUGAAUAAGUGAGAAUAUUGGGCCUUCUGUUCGCCUUGCCGACGAACCCCCCCUCCAAGCUAGGAAUGGAAGGGCUAGGGUUCUAAUCGAUUGCACUGGGCGGUGAGAAUUUUCUGCUUUCUGCCGCUUUUCAUCGCCUUUUGCUCGAGGCGGUCGCAGUCCGCCAAAAUGAGCCAGACCUCCUCCACCACAACGAUUCCAAUCCGGUCUCCCUAAGCCCACGACUCGAAAUGGCUGGUUCGAUCAAUAAACCCAAGAAGCCCAAGUCGAAGCGGGGCACCACGAGAUUACGGGCUAAGAUCGAGAAGAAGUCCCAUGCCAAACAACGAAAGGAGAGGAAGCAGGCCAAGAAGAACCCAGAAUGGCGCUCUAAACUGAAGAAGGACCCGGGUAUCCCGAACCUGUUCCCCUACAAGGAGAGGCUUCUGCAGGAAAUUGAGGAAAAGAAGGCCCGGAAGGAGGAGGAGGCUCGAAAGCGCAAGGAGGCCGUCAAGGCUGCCAAGACUGGCCAGGUCGAACACGCUGACGAUGGCGAGCAAGUGAUGGCGGAGGAUGUUGAGAAUGAUGAUUUCGAAGUGGACGACGACAUGAUGGAGGACGACGACGUUGACGAGUCGAAUCCGAUGGCUGCGCUAUUGGCAAGCGCAAGGCGGGCCGCCGAGGAUUAUGAGCGGGAGCUGCAAAGUGGCGACGACGACAUGGAAGACGACUCGGAUGAUGACUCGGACGGCUCCGAAGAUGGUUCUCCAGGGGUUUCGCGAGGGGCGGGCGACCUGACUUCACGGAAAGCCUACGACAAGGUUUUCAAGCAGGUCGUGGAGCAGGCCGACGUUAUCCUCUAUGUGCUCGACGCCAGAGACCCCGAGGGGACAAGGUCGCGGGAUGUUGAGAAGGCCGUCAUGAUGGCAGCGUCAGGCGGGAAACGACUUAUCCUGGUUCUCAACAAGAUCGAUCUUAUCCCACCGCCCGUUCUGAAGGCCUGGCUCGCACACUUGCGCUCCUACUUCCCCACACUCCCCAUCCGCGCAUCCAAGGCCGCACCGAACGCUCAUACUUUCGAGCACCGCGACUUGACUGUUCAGAGCACCAGCACGACCCUGUUCCGCGCGCUCAAGGCCUUCGCCGCAAGCCGCAACCUCAAGCGUGCCAUCUCCGUCGGUGUCAUCGGCUACCCCAACGUCGGAAAGUCCUCAGUCAUCAACGCGCUGCUCUCAAGACUAGGCGGUGCCCGGGGCGGCCGAUCGGCCUGCCCAGCAGGUGCCGAGGCCGGCGUGACGACGUCGAUCCGCUCCGUAAAGAUCGACAGCAAGCUGACCCUGCUCGACUCCCCCGGUAUCGUGUUCCCAUCGACGUCCGAGGUGUCCGGCGAGGGCGGCUUCGUGCCCAAGAACCCGACCGAGGCGCACGCCCACCUGGUGCUCCUGAAUGUCGUCCCGCCAAAGGCCAUCGAGGACCCCGUCCCCGCCGUCACGCUCCUGCUCAAGCGGCUGUCCACGUCCCAGGCCCUGAUGCAGAGGCUGAUGGGCGCGUACGACUUGCCGCCCCUCCUGUCCAAUUCGGACACUGGCGACGCGACCAUGGACUUCUUAGUGCAGGUUGCGCGCAAGCGCGGUCGCCUUGGCAGGGGAGGCGUCCCCAACAUCCAGGCGGCAGCCAUGACAGUAGUGACUGACUGGCGGGACGGUCGUAUCCAGGGCUGGGUCGACGCGCCGGCAGUGGCUGCGGCCGCUCCAGCGGCCGAUGGCCUGACGGCUGUUUCCGGCAUCAAGCUGCCCGCUGCUGCACCGCCCGUGGACACGGCUGCGGAUCAGAAACAGAUUGUCACGGAGUGGGCAGCCGAGUUCAAGCUCGAAGGGCUCUGGGGCGACGAUGAAGCUUCUGCGGUCAAGGAGGUCGAGAUGGAGGGCUAGAGGCGUUAUCCCGGAAGGUGAAUGGAGAAUGGAGGAAACCCUGAUGCUUCUCAUGAAGAGCAGAGUUUGGUGGCAAAUACUGUAUGCUGGGGGCGUUCGGAGUCAGAUAUGUGAUACUCAAGACGUCUAUUCUAGAAGUCAGGAAUGAUAAUCAGAGCACCAAAAUAUUCCCAACCCCGAAA